CAGGCUCAGCUGAAAACGUCCAAGUCUCUUGGUUUCAGCCGCCAAGUGUGCAACGCCGUGGUAUCCAAUCUUAAUACGAACACUCUCCUAGUGCUUACUCCCGUACCAUAAAUCGAGUGACCUUUUAGGUAUCUUGCCACGACAGGUGGAUGUUGAAUGCACUGUUGCGUUGUGGUGAGUGCGAUUUAUAUAAGUCCACCAGAUGCCAGUACUCCUCGUAAGGCCUGCCCUACCUCCGACCCCAACUGCACCAAAGAAAAAUACCUGUCAACCACAAUCUGAAUGGGCCAAAAACCCUCAAUCCCCCAAUCUGGGAAGAAAAUCCAAGUGAUAGGCGCCGGCCUGCCUCGCACCGGAACGGCCUCUUUCAGCGCUGCACUAUCCAUCCUGUUAAACGGCCCCGUCUACCACAGCGGCACGCAGAUCACACUCGGGCCAGGGUCGGAGAUAAAAUCCUGGAUACAGAUUCUCCGUCUCUGGGGUACAGGACAGGCCGAUGACCAUAAAUCCGCCCUCGCGCUUAUGGAAUCUACCUUGGAUGGAUACGUCGCUGUCACUGAUUCCCCCGGUGACCAGCUCGUCCCGGAACUGUUGGAGAUAUACCCCGAUGCGCUUGUUAUUGUGACGACCCGUGAUGCGCAAUCGUGGGAACGGAGUAUGAGUCAGGUUGCGGGUCUUGCGACGCUUUGGUUCCUGAGGGUGGUGUUAUUGCCGCUUCCUGGGAUGAGGUGGUUCGUGGAUUAUACCCGGGAGCUGGAGGUGCUGUGGACGAAGGCCUUUGGUGUCGACAGGCCAAAUAUCGGUGUUUAUGAAAAGCAUCUGGAACGGUUGAAGGAGGUUGUUCCGCCGGAGAAAUUGCUGUUUUUUAAUGUCAAAGAUGGGUGGGAGCCGUUGUGUGGGAUGCUUGGGGUGGAGGUUCCUGAUGUGCCGUUUCCGAGGAUUAAUGAUUCAGAAGCGAUUGAUAAGACGGCACAAUAUCAUAUUCAGAGGGGUCUCUUACGAUGGGGGGUCGUCGUUGCUGUUGUCGGUGCGGUUGCAUGGGGCUUCCGGGGAUAAUGCUGUAAUCGAUAUAUCAAUAUACACCAGUGCAAUGAUAGACAAAUAGUUGGGAUAAUUGUAUUCCCUCCAGC